AGUGUCUGGCUCGGUGCAGGCCACUGACCGGCUGAUGAAGGAGCUCAGGGAUAUAUACCGAUCACAGAGUUUCAAAGGCGGAAACUAUGCAGUCGAACUCGUGAAUGACAGUCUGUAUGAUUGGAAUGUCAAACUCCUCAAAGUUGACCAGGACAGCGCUUUGCACAACGAUCUCCAGAUCCUCAAAGAGAAAGAAGGAGCUGACUUCAUCCUACUUAACUUUUCCUUUAAAGAUAACUUUCCCUUUGACCCACCGUUUGUCAGGGUUGUGUCUCCAGUCCUCUCCGGAGGGUAUGUCCUGGGCGGAGGGGCCAUCUGCAUGGAACUUCUCACCAAGCAGGGCUGGAGCAGUGCCUAUUCCAUAGAGUCCGUGAUCAUGCAGAUCAGUGCCACACUGGUGAAGGGGAAAGCACGAGUGCAGUUUGGAGCCAACAAAUCUCAAUACAGUCUGACAAGAGCACAGCAGUCCUACAAGUCCUUGGUGCAGAUCCACGAAAAAAACGGCUGGUACACACCUCCAAAGGAAGAUGGCUAACCCUGGAGUGCCGCCCCUCCUCCCUCCCCAGGCACCACUGGACCAAUUACCUUUGAAUGCUGUAUUUGGAUCUCACGCUGCCUCUGUGGUUCCCUCCCUCAUUUUUCCUGGACGUGAUAGCUCUGCCUGUUGCAGGACAAUGAUGGCUAUUCUAAACGCUAAGGAAAACAAACAAACACAGAACUGUUUCAAUUACUCAAGACUGACUUACAGACCAACCAACCACCUUGCUGGAACCCUUGCUAGCAGGCAUUCUUAUAAAAGAAACUUUCGAGCCUCCUUAUAUUGCUGGAAACUCAGCUGUGCUCCAGACUAGAGCCUCCUUACCUAUGCUAUGGAUUUUUAAUUUAUUUUCUCUUAUUUCAUGUACACUGCUUUUUUUGGUUACAGUGUAUGAUGGAUGUGUAUGAAAAAAAUGUAUCUUUGGGAAAACAAUUACAGUUUGUUAAUUUGAAGAUGCUGGUCUUGACUCAUCUUUCUUUUUCUUCCCACAUCCCUCCCCAUCCCCUGAGCUGCUUGGGAGGUGGGGAGGGUGCUGUCCACUGUGGCUUUGGUGGAGAGGAGAGGAGAGGCUGCGUCUGGCUGCUGCCGCGAGGAGUGGAGCUGAAGCAUGUGCCUGGGCCACCCCUAGGUCCCUCCUGAAGGCCCUUGGAGCAACCAGCACCUGCCCCCGGAACACAGAGCCUGGCCUGCUAUACUCCGGCGUCGUAGGCUGAAAUGAUGAUCCUACUUCAUAGGACUACUUGUCUCGUCUAGUCACAGAUGUUUUCAAAUUUCUAAGAAAAAGAACAUGAGGAGGCUCAAGAGGCUGCUCCGUAGAGCUUUUGAAUGAAUCGAGUGGGGACGGGGACACAGGCUCCCAAGUGUGUAUGUGGUCUUUCCCCUCUCAGCAAUAUGCUGUGUUGCUACAACUUUUCUGUGUUGUGGGUUCCUCUCCCUCCUGGAAAGCGGCCUGACUGGCACUGGAUGUUGGUCGCAACAGCUAUACCACCCUGAACAUGUCCGAUCUCAUCUGGAUGGUGGUCGCUGGUAAGCCUCGUCACCUUCCUCCUGGCUCUUGCUUUGUUUGACUUUAUAAGAGAAGAUGGGCAUAGCUCUGAAGCUGUUUGGCUUGGAGAUUGUGGAUUCUUUCAAGACACUCCCACGAGGUGGGUCCUACUGGAAAGGGUUAUGAGCCUUUUAACAGGGAUUCUGCUAUACACCUGUGUCCACUCCAGGCUCAGGAAAUGCCAAGGAGAUAAAGCGAGGUGGACGCCUGUGUACUGAGAGAACUGUCGGUGUUGGCAGGACUGCACCCAGCAGGUGCCACCUGCAUCUCCUUGUCAGUAAGCUUGCUCUGGGACUGAGGUGGCCUCUUAGGACUGACGAUGCCUCCAACUCUAAGAAAGGCGGAAAUGACAGAGGCCAGGGAUGGCUAAGUGAAGACCCGAGUCUUAGAAAACCCAGACUUGGGACAGCUGCUGGGGAACCUGCACGGUGCUCAAGGAGUCUGUAAUGCUUGGAGACACAGCAGUUUUCACAUGGGUCAUUUCCCUCCCUUUUGAGAAAUUUUGAUGUUUGCUGCUUUAGGUGGAUGGAGAGUCCACCAGUCCCACUCAAUGCUGCUCUAACUACCCACACCCACCUGAUUAGGGGUGCUAAUAUAUGCUGAGGCUGAGAUAAAGAGGGGACACAAGGGGAACAUUCAUUCCAUAGAACUGAAUCUGGUUUUCAAGGCCUCUGUGGCUUUCUUCUGAACUUACCACCAGCCCUGGCUGGAAUGUAGAUUGUGUUUUUAGUAAUGUGUACUGUGAGCUGUCCUCUGUAUAAUGUAUUUUGUAAUGUAUUUUUCUCAUCUACCAAAGGAUGAAACAAAUAAAAUUAUUUAAAUAGU